AUGGAACAUAAAACAGUGAGCUUCUAUAUUUGCCAUCCAUGCUAUUGUCUUGAAGAAGCACUCGUGACUUUCUUGAAGUGUUUAGGUUUUGAGUCCACACAAAUCAUAGAAGAGGAAAACUCAUCAACAUCACUACUCAAACAUCAUGCCAGUGCUUCUGAUGCUAUUGUAGCCUCAGAAUAUCAAUAUAACUCUUCAAGUAGCAGUCAAGAACACUCACAAAAAGGUGUUGCAGAUUCAUCAUCCACAUCUACUCAAACCCUUAAUUUAAGUUCAAUGGGAAGGGGUGGUCCUCGAAGAACUCCACUUACCAAAGAUCCACCAGGUGGCCAUAAUUAA